UUCUUUAGCCGCCUCGCCCAACUCCCUCUCUCCUCCGUCCUUUGCGCUCUCUCUCUCUCUCUCUCUCUCUCCGACUCUCCCCCGUCCCAAUGGAGGCUCUCGCGGGCACCGCCUCCUCCUCCCUCCUCCCAGCCCAACACCGGUCUUACCGCCUGGCCCCGAAGUCUCUCGCGCUCCGCCCCCGCCCCAGCCCCUGCGGGCCCAUCCGCGCGGCCGCUGCCGGUGGUGGCGGCGGCAAGGACGACGCCCAGGCCGGCGCCACCUCCAAUGGGUCUCCCAUACUCAAGCUGAAGAGCGAUUCAAAUCAAAAUGGAGUUCUGCCGAUCGUGGCUGACAAGUCACAGAAGGCUUCAUCAACAAAUACUAGUACCGACUCAAGUGGAUCCAGAGCUGGCCUAUUUAGAACACCUAUAUCUGGUGGUGUGCAGAGUGCAACUUUUGCCCAUGGUUUACCUCCGCCGGCUUUGGCUGUUCGCAAUCUGAUGGAGCAGGCGCGGUUUGCUCACCUCUGCACUGUCAUGUCUGGCAUGCAUCACCGGCGUACUGGAUAUCCAUUUGGUUCACUUGUCGACUUUGCUAAUGAUUCAAUGGGCCACCCAAUAUUCUCGUUGUCACCCUUAGCAAUCCAUACAAGGAACUUGCUCGCUGACCCAAGAUGCACGCUUGUUGUCCAAGUACCUGGAUGGAGUGGAUUGUCGAAUGCACGAGUCACAAUAUUUGGUGAUGUCUACCCUUUGCCAACUGAACAACAGGAAUGGGCCCAUAAGCAAUAUGUAGCAAAACAUCAGCAGUGGGCAUCACAACAGUGGGGAAAUUUUUACUAUUACAGGAUGCACAACAUAAGUGACAUAUACUUUAUCGGAGGCUUUGGAACUGUUGCAUGGGUAGACGUGAAGGAGUAUGAAACUAUUCAACCUGACAAGAUAGCAGUUGAUGGUGGCGAACAAAGUUUAAAGGAGUUGAAUGCGAUUUUCUCUAAACCACUUCGAGAGUUCUUGUCAUCAGAAGGGGAGGUUGAUGAUGCUGCUCUUAUAUCAGUUGACAGCAAAGGGAUAGAUAUACGGGUUCGCCAGGGUGCACAGUUCAACAUUCAGAGGCUAGCAUUUGAUGUCCCUCACAAGGUUGAGACCCUAGAGGAAGCCAAGAGAGCACUCCACAAGAUAAUCAAGACAAGCAGCAAAUAGAGUGAAGGUUGCAGAAAGCUGGCUUUAGUCAGUUUUGCUAAUGGUGCAAGGGUUUUAUUGCAAUCCCAUAUCGAGAACUGACGAUCAUGUAAUGUAGCAAGUAGCAUGCAUAAGCACAAAAUAUGAUGGCUAUCUUUUCAAUAAUGAGAAUCUAUCCCCAAUGUGGUGACGAUUGUAUAUAUGCUCUUGUUACUAGAUCAAUAAUGAUUCUUAUGCUGAGGCUGCUUAAGGAAAUCGGAUAUCUGGCAUUGUUGAGGAAGUACCAGGCUAUCAGCAUGCAAUUUUGAGCAUGCGUUAAUACAGCUAGAAGUUUGAUUA